CCAAAUCACUCGACAGUAUCAGCAAAGCCAGAUUGGACUGCAAGAAAUGGCCACUUGACGCUCCAGAUCAAAUCGCCACAUUUGACCCCGCCAGCGAGGAAUUUCUCCAGUGGACCCGCCACCCGUUCAGACUCCAGGAUGAACUUGCGAUAUCUGACCCCAGAUGUGCACCGGGCUUUUAUUGCCCUGGGAAGCAAUGUUGGAGAUCGAGUAGAGAUGAUUGAACAGGCUUGUCUCGAAAUGGACAAAGUUGGUAUCAAAGUGAAGCGCACAAGCUCACUGUUUGAGACGGCGCCAAUGUAUGUCCUUGACCAAGACACAUUUAUCAAUGGCGUGUGCGAGGUUGAAACAACCCUUGAGCCUCUGGAGCUUCUAAAUGCCAUCCAAGCUAUUGAAAUUGAAAUGGGCAGAAAGAAAUUAAUUGACAAAGGCCCACGGUGUAUCGAUUUGGAUAUCCUGCUCUACGAUCAAAGAGUGGUAUCUCACGAACGUCUAAACAUCCCCCACAACCUGAUGCUAGAGCGCGAUUUCGUGUUGCGCCCUCUGAGCCAAUUAAUUCCGAACGAGUACCCACCAAUCCCAGGAAAAGAGACAAAAACAUAUAGCGGUCAUCUAGCAGCCCUGACCCCGCCAGACCCAACACCAGUAUCAACAACCCCGAUCUCACCAAACUUCGAAGCACUCCACGCAACAGACCCAAAGCGCAGCACCCACAUAAUGGCAAUCCUAAACCUAACCCCGGAUUCCUUCUCCGACGGCGGAAAACACUCACCAACAGACCUAUCCUACAUAACAGAAACAGUGCAUAAAAUGAUCUCAGCAGGCGCCACAAUAAUCGACAUAGGCGGCGAAAGCACCCGCCCAGGCUCAACGCCCGUAGGUGCAGACGAAGAAAUCGCCCGCGUCGUCCCAGCAAUCAAGCACAUUCGCACCAACAUCCCCGAAGCCGCAAACAUAGCCAUCAGCAUCGACACCUACCGCGCGCGCGUGGCAGAAGCAGCCUGCGCCGCCGGAGCUGACAUCGUCAACGAUGUCUCUGCCGGCCUCCUCGAUCCGGAAAUGUUAUCUACUGUCGCGCGCAUUGGCAAGUCCAUCAUCCUGAUGCACAUGCGCGGUACGCCACAGACAAUGACCCAGCCGGAGCUACAUGGCUACCCGAACGGGGUGAUCGAGGACGUGGCUGCUGAGCUGCGUGGCCGUAUCGCUGCCGCUGAGGAUGCUGGUGUUCGCCGGUGGCGGAUCAUUCUCGAUCCUGGACUUGGCUUUGCGAAGGUUCAGCAUCAGGAUUUGGAGAUUCUGCGUGACUUGUCAAAGUUAAGGGGAAUGUCUGGGCUUGAGUGUUUCCCUUGGCUGAUGGGGCCUAGUCGGAAACGUUUCAUUGGAACUCUGACUGGUGUUAAAACACCUCGGGAUCGGGUUUGGGGAACUGCGGCUACGGUUUCGGCUAGUGUUGCUGGCGGUGCGGAUGUUGUUCGUGUUCAUGACGUUCAGGAGAUGUGGCAGGUUGCUAAGGUUGCCGAUGCGAUUUAUCGUGUUGAAUAA